AUGUCCUAUUAUCUGAUUGUUCUUUUGGGGAAUGAUUAAUUAUUAAAGAAUUCAAUCUAUGAAAAUUUUCAAGGAAAAGAAUAAAAAAAUUAAUCAAUUUUUUUACCUUAUUCCUCUUCGAUUCCAAAAAAUAUUGAUUAAGAUUAACAUUGGAGCAUACUUAAUACUCCAAGCGCAAUAAAUUAUGAAGAUUUAAUAUCUAUUUGGAACAAUUUGAUAUAAAUUUCUAAAUUAGAAAAUAUUGAUUAUGGAACUGUUAUUUAUUGUUUUAAGGAUUAUCAGAGUAAAUUAGAAGAUUUAUUGGAUUAAAUACACGAUUAAAUUGGUUGUUGGAAUAGAAAAAAUGGAAUCAUAAUUGAAAAAUAAUUUUAGCUAGAGUACAUUUUCUCAAAAAUAAAAAUAAAUAAAAACUUUAAUUUUAAAAAUUUGACACCUAAAAAUAAUGAAGAAUGCUAUAUAAAAAAGAUUGCUUAAGAGAAAAUUAACAUUAUUUUAAAAGAAUGGAAUCAAACUAUUUCAAGAAGUAACAAUUUAGCAAAUUUUAUAUAAUAAAUAAUUGAAAAAUAAAAUCUCGAUAAUAUUUUAGACAAAUUAAAUUUGAGUACUUUUUCUGAAAUUAGAAUGUUUAAUUUGGCUGUUAAUAUUAGGUACAUGUUAGAUGAAAAAAGAAGGAUUUUUACUAAUUAUUUAAGAUUUAAAUCAUAAGAAUAUUCUAAAUUUUUAUAUUGCACAAAUAAAUGCAAGUUGUUGUACGUUUAAACUAAAUUUUACUAGUUAGAGUAGAUUUUUCAAAUAGAUAUUUCACUUAAACCAUCUACUCUUACUAAUUAUAACUGUCCUAACUGUCCUAAGUGCUAAGAAAAGACCAAAUUUAUAAAUCCUUAGUAAAUAGAAGAAAGCAUUUUUUUUUAUUUUUAAAAAGAAAUAAUUUAUGAAAUAAUCUAAAAAUAAUAACAAAAUUAAGAAAUAUUAUAAAUAAUGUUGUUAUCAAAUGAAGAUGAAGAAAAAACAAAAUUUUUUAAUAUGAUUUAACAAAAUGAUUCCAUCUCCAACUCAAAAUAACAAGAUGCAUUUGUUCAAAGUAAAUUAAUAAAUGAAAAAUAUAUUUUCCAUAAUCCUCCAUUACUUGAUUUUGUGAAUGAUAGUUAAUCUAUCAUUUCUGGCUAUAGAGAAUAUUUUCAAAAAAAUGAUAUCCAUUUUUUUUUUAUUUUUGUAAAUCAUUAAAGAAUUGAUAUCAUGACUCAAAGAAUUUCAAAUAUAAUAAAAAAAUUUCAUAGUUUGGAGAGACAAAGAAUGGCUUUAAUUGUAAAUUCAUAAAAAUAAAUUUAACAAGGAUAACAUACAGAGAUUGUAAAGCAAUUAAACUAUUUUGGGUUUAAGUCUAUUAAUUUUUUAAAUACUAGUGAUUCACAAUAGAAUAUAAAAAAAAUGAUAUUCAAAUGUUUGGAGAACAUUGAUUUAAGAAAAUUUGAUUUCACAAACACAAUAUUUGAAUAAGUUGAUGAAAGGAUGACGUAAUAAUUUAAAGAAAAUCUUAAUAAAGUUAGUAAGAAAAUUUAAGAAGAAGAGCUGAAUAGAUUUAAAAUUUAUUUGGAUUAAGAAAAAUAAGAAAUAGAAAAAGAAAAAAUAGAAGUCUAAAAGCUGGAAAGUUUUUUAAAAAAUAAAAAAGAUUAGCUAAAUUAAAGAGAGUAAAAUUAUCAACUUGGCUUGAAUGAGUACAAAAUUACUUAGAAAAAAUUAAACUUUUGA